UCCAGUGGCUCUCCUCCGCGGUCGCGUCAUAGGCCGAACAACCAAACAGAAAAGUUUAAUAAACAGCAGACAGAGGGGCCGGCGGUGGCGGAGCCACAGCGAGCAGGGGUUCGGCGGCCUUACCUGUCCCCAUUCACCAGCGGCUACCGGCGGUGGCGGGCAGCGCAUCAGGCGGAGAGAGCCGCCGCCAGGAAUGAAUCUGAAGUCUGCUGCAGUAAAACACUGAAGGCUUUAAAAUGUUUUCUUGCAUAAAACUCAAAACUUUUAAGUAGCUGCUUAUGAGGAUAGGGAAGGCAGAAAGCUAAUGUCUGUCUCAAGAUACAGGACAGCUGUUUGCUCAUCAACCUCAACUGUGUUUCACAUCCUGGGAAUACUGUAUUUUCAAUCUGAGGUUGGUGGAGUUGCCGGUAGCCACCUAAGAUAGGAAUGCCCAUCAGAAGUUUUCUGGAAUAUAUCUUCAGAUGCACACAAUACAGUGGCCUCUUGGUGUGCAACGGAGGAACAUGGCUCAAGAAACUAAUCACAGCCAAGUGCCUAUGCUUUGUUCCACUGGCUGCGGAUUUUAUGGAAACCCUCGUACAAAUGGCAUGUGUUCAGUAUGCUAUAAAGAACAUCUUCAAAGACAGAAUAGUAGUAAUGGUAGAAUAAGCCCACCUGCAACCUCUGUCAGUAGUCUGUCUGAAUCUUUACCAGUUCAAUGCACAGAUGGCAGUGUCCCAGAAGCCCAGUCAACGUUAGACUCUACAUCUUCAUCUAUGCAGCCAAGCUCUGUAUCAAAUCAGUCACUUUUAUCAGAAUCUGUAGCAUCUUCUCAAUUGGACAGUACAUCUGUGGACAAAGCAGUACCUGAAACAGAAGAUCUGCAGGCUUCAGUAUCAGACACGGCACAGCAGCCAUCUGAAGAGCAAAGCAAGUCUCUUGAAAAACCAAAACAAAAAAAGAAUCGCUGUUUCAUGUGCAGGAAGAAAGUGGGACUUACUGGGUUUGAAUGCCGGUGUGGAAAUGUUUACUGUGGUGUACACCGUUACUCAGAUGUACACAAUUGCUCUUACAAUUACAAAGCUGAUGCUGCUGAGAAAAUCAGAAAAGAAAAUCCAGUAGUUGUUGGCGAAAAGAUCCAAAAGAUUUGAACUCCUGCUGGAAUACAAAAUCCUUGAGCAUCUGCAAACUAAAAAUUGACUUGAGGUUUUUUUUUUCCUAGUCAUUGGGAAUGUAGAGCAGUGUGUCUUGCAUGUCAUCGGAAGAAUAGAUUUUUGUUUUGGUUUUGUUUUGAAAAUGACUCUGAACAUUUAUUUCCAUUGCAGUUUCUGUGGCUGAGAAGACUUAAACUUUACAAGUAUUAUCCUUUUAAGAUCAUUUUAAUUUUAGUUGAGUGCAGAGGGCUUUUAUAACAAAUGUGCAGAAAUUUUGGAGGGCUGUGAUUUUUCCAGUAUUAAACAUGCAUGCAUUAAUCUUGCAGUUUAUUUUCUCAUUGUGUAUGUAUAUAUCGCUUUUCUCUGCAGCACGAUUUCUCUUUUGAUAAUGCCCUUUAGGGCACAACUAGUUAUCGGUAACUGAAUGUAUCUUAAUCAUUAUGGCUGCUUCUGUUUUUUCAUUAACAAAGGUUAUUCAUAUGUUAGCAUAUAGUUUCUUUGCACCCACUAUUUAUGUCUGAAUCAUUUGUCACAAGAGAGUGUGUGCUGAUGAGACUCUAAGUUUGUGUGUUUAAACUUUUUUUUGAGCGAGGGAAGAAAAAGCUGUAUGCAUUUCAUUGCUGUCUACAGGUUUCUUUCAGAUUAUGUUCAUGGGUUUGUGUAUACAAUAUGAAGAAUGAUCUGAAGUAAUUGUGCUGUAUUUAUGUUUAUUCACCAGUCUUUGAUUAAAUAAAAAGGAAAACCAGAAUG